AUGUCUAGAAAUACCCGCCGACAUGAGGAGAUGAGUCAUUCAUUCGGAGUGGUGCGACGACGACGAGAAUCAGCAAUAGCCGCAGCCGCCACAGCAGCAGCAGCAGCAGCAGCAGCAGCAGCAGCAGCAGCAGCAGCAGCAGCGGCGGCGAGGAUUUCGAGACUUGUUCGAGGACGCUCUUCAAAACGUCCUCUAAUGGCGAAGCCUCUCCGCUCUCCCAUCCCCGGCCUGCCCCUCCUCCCCGCCUCCCUCCUCCUCGCGCUCUUCCUCCUCCUCUCUCCCUACUCCUCCCCCUUCCUCCCGCCCGCGCCGCUUCUGGCGGCUGCUCAGCCGACGGCGGCAGCAGCAGCGGCGACGGCGUCCGCGACGGGCAGGGAGGUGGGGCGCGCGCAGGAGUCGGGGUUCUGUGACCGCUUCGUGCGCCCCUAUGGGCUGCAGUGCCGCGAGUACCAGAUCACCACGAGUGACGGGUACAUUCUGAGCAUCCAGCGCAUCAGCAACACGUCUGUCACCGCGCCUCCCAUCACCAUGCCCGCUGCCUCCACCUCUGCUGUUUCUGCUGCCACAGCCCCACUCACCACCACCACACCCACGCCUGCUCCCACCAACGCGGUUUCCGCGGCCGGUGCAGCCGCUGUGGCAGCAGCAGAAGCAGCAGCGCGGACAGUGAGCGCAGCAACUGCAGGCUUAUUCGCCCCCUCUGCCACCACCGGCACAACCACCCGCACCACGACUCCUGCUGCUGCUGCUGCAACCACACGGCCAGCAGGACCCGCAACAGCAACAACAGCAGCAGCGGCAAGCACCGCCGUGCCUGAGCUUCCGUCCCUGCCAUCCCUCCCGUCCGGUCGCCCCAUGCUUCGCCCCCAGCAGCAGCAGCAGCAGCAGCAGCUCCAGCGCCAGGAGCUACCUACCACCACCACCACUCUCCCCUCCUCCCAACCUCUCUCCCAGCCUCUCUCCCAACCCGUCGCCCAACCCGUCGCGCAGCCGCUCGCGCAGCCUCGCUCCACCUCCCAGCCGCAGACCCUGGCACAGACACAAACCCAGGCGCGUGUGCUGCCGCGGUACCCGGUGCUGCUGUCCCACGCCAUGUUUAUGUCCAGCGACCUCUGGUUCGCCUUCUCCAACCAGAGCGCCUCCGACCCGCUCAUUCACAAGCGCGUGCCCGUGGGGCUGUGCAACCGCGGGUUUGACGUGUUCCUGCUCAACCACCGCUCCACUGAGUUCUCCCCGGGUCAUGUCGCCUACAACACCCGCCAGUGGCAAUACUGGGACUGGGACUUCGACCAGCUCGCCACAAUCGACAUUCCAUCAGCGAUCGAGCUCGUGCUGGGAGUGACAGGCGCGCCCAAGGUGCAUCUGCUGGGAUUCAACGAGGGGGGCAUGCUGCCCUUCGCCCUGGGCAGCACGUCCCCGCGCUACCUCGAGCGUGUCACUGCCUCCGUGGCGUCUGUCGCGCCAACGGUUUUCUUUCAGAAUGUCAAGUCACCUGUGCUUCGCCAGUGGGCACUCGGGCCCUCGCCUGACGCUGCCGUCUACCAAGCUCAUCUCCUGUACGGCGCCUACAAUGUCUCUGCCACGGAGAUCCUAUCGGGCAUACUGGAGGCGGUGGGGUACAACAUGCUCACCUACUUUGUCACCACGGGCGACCCCCAGGACCUGCUCACCAACAUCACAGGCAACCCAUGCUGCACGGAUCCUAUGGAGCCUCCUGCAGCCCCCACACCCGGGUGGAUUGCCACUUCGUAUCGCAACCUCAUUCACUACCAGCAGCUGAUCCGCAACGGUCUCUUCCAGCAGUGGGAUGCACUCAGUGCGCAAGCCAACAUGGACCGCUACGGCGCUGUCUCCCCUCCCAUGUACUACCUAUCUAACAUGCCUGCGGGGGUACCCAUUCUCAUUAUGAGUGGAGGUAACGACUGGUUUGCAGACCCACCCAACAUCCAGAAGCUACUAUCGCAGCUCACACCUGCAAGCACCACCAGCGCAAGUUCUACCGGUGCUGCUGGUCCUACCGUGACUCAUUUGGAGCUGCCUCGUUACUCUCACCUUGACUUGCUGCUGAGCGACACUGCAGUGCAGGAUGUCCAUGUUCCGCUAAUUGAGUACCUCGAGACAGGCUACUUGGGCGGAUAA